AUGGGCGAGCGAGGACCGGGCGCAGGAAAAGGACCCUUCGCGCAGGUGUCGCCACAGGUGAAAAUGGCGUGCGAAGGAGAGCUCCCGGUGGCAGCUGAUCGUGUUGGCCAGGGAACACAGGGCUGGCCAGACCUUGGGAUCCCCUGGACGACCCAGACAGCUUGCCAACAAUUAACAUUUUCCAACAGCUCUGAUCCUGGCUUUGUGGCAUUCCCUGGGAGCAGAGGGGGACAUCGGACCCCCCCCUCCCCGGUCCUCGACUUCACGGAAUCGGGCGCAGCUCCGCCAGCGCCCGGCGACCGAGCCGACCGCCCCUCCGCCGAUGCUGAUCCAUCGAACAAGCGGCCAAAUAAAGGAGGGAGUCACUCACAAGGGAGGAAAUGCGCCGUGUUGGGUCGGGGUGAUGUCCUACACAAAAAGGGCCGUUUCGGGCGCCCCGACGCCGGUCCCUUGCACGAAACCGGGGAAGUUCACAGGCCUUCUCGCCCGACGGCCUCGUCCCCGACGCCCUCCGGCGCGCAGGGUCCACCGGGGGCGCUCGAGAGCCCCGCGCGGCACGCCCCUCCGACCGGGGCUCCGAGGGAGGCCUUUGUCGCUCGCAAAGCCGCGGCGUCGAGGCUCAUUGAGCGAGCGGCGGGGCGGGAGGCCCUCGGGGCGCGCCGCUCCCGACCCCGGCGCAGCGCCGUGUCCAUCCCUCCGCCGAGGAUCCAUCCUGCAAAGGGCGUAAUGGGCUCGCCGCCGCGCUGA